AGAACGCGGAAGUCAUUGUGUGAACAGUACAGAGAGCGGAGCUCAUUCACCUCUUCACCACACACACACACACACACACACACACACACACACACACAGGUUUAUUCGCUCAUGUUUGUGACGGAUUUAUUACACAUUUGGGCUUUUAUUCAGUGCGGAUUUAAAGGACCACAUGAUUAAGUGAAACUGUCAGUGAGCUGCAGCUCGGAACGAUGCGCUUUAAUACCCUCAGUGUCCUGAGUGUACUGAGUGUAGUGUGGAGACUCACACACACAGUUCCCGCUCCUACUGACGUGUCAGUGAAAUGUGACAGUUACGGAGUCGAGGUGGAGUGGACGGCUGCCGGGGUCAGCGAGGAAGCUGAGUUUGAGUUAGAGCUCAAAGAUGACUUUGGGAACACCAUUUCUGUUCGCACAAAGGACCGUCGCUACAACAUAUCGUCCCUGUUUAAUGAUACAGGCUACAACAAGUACUUUGUCCAAGUGAAGGCCCGAGAUGGUGAACAGGAGUCUGAGUUUGCAAAAUCACAAACGUUCUCUUUCAGCGCUAUGAUACUAGUCGAUAUCACCUGUGGUCUCGAUUUCCCCCCAGUCACACUGUCUCCUAAGGAUGGAAAUUUGUUUGUUCACUUCGUCAACCCUUUGCACCUUUACGGAGACACACCUGCUUUACGCAACCUCAUAAGUUCUGACAAUCUACAGUACAUUGUCACCAGCGAUGAGGCAAGGGAUGUAGGGUUUCAGGAAAGAUCCGGCAGGUCUGGAGAGAAAAAUGCGUCUGGGAACUCAGAGAAAUCUGAAGAGUUUUCUUGCAAUCGCGAGUCAAAGACGUGUGAAGGCAACAUAUCAUUGCCAGAAAAGCAAGACGAAUACUGCGUCACGCUUGUGGGAUCCAUCCGACAAACUGUUGUAAGGAAAACAAAACCUUACUGUUACUACGGCAGCCUUUAUCCUGGGCCACCCCUCAGCACGUACCUCAUCCCUCUGCUGGCGAGUUGUGCCGUGUUCCUCGUUCUGACUUUGGUCUCUGUGUUUCUGGUGAAGCGAAUUAAGAAGAACAUCAAGCAGGAAAUCAUUUCCAUGUCCCCAGAGUUUCUGAAGUCUAAGAUUCCCCUGACCGACUUCCUGAUCGUGGCGCCGGAGCCUGUAAGCCGCAGAGUUAACGUGGUCGAUGAAGAUCCCCUUCACAUGACAGAGGACAUACAAGAGAACAUCACACAGACAGAAACGAGCCACUCUAGUGACCUCACCGAGGAGGAGCACAAGCUUAAAAUCUCAGCAAGCAGCGAAUCCCUGGACAACUUGUGUGCAUACGGGAAAUCGGACGACCUGUCGAGCGGCGGCUCGGCUUUGGGUUACGACCGGCCGCACACGCUGGUAGAAAUCAGUCCUGGAGACAUGGUGCAAAAUUACAAAUGUUGAUAAGCGCCCGGGUCUUCAUCAAUCGAAAGGAUAUACAUCUCGAGUUCGGAGACAUGUGGCAGAGAGAGAGAGAGAGAUGUGAUAAGAGUAGAGAAUGUAAAUAAUGUGAACAUAGACGUAUCGCGUCUCGUGUCAGCUCCAGGAGCAUUUUAUCUAAAGCCGGUAAAUUUGGGCAUGUUCAGUGACGCAGGACAAGAAUCAUUUAACUUUAUGCAAAUAUGGAGUGACUCUGUACAUCGACUACCGACGCAGACGUACGCCGCUGACUCUUAUACACAAAGGCCAAUUCUUCCUUCAGAAGGUUUACUGCUAGCUUAUCAGCAUGACCCUCUGAUAAACAUUAUUACCAUGGCAACCAGUAGUAGGAAAAGCUACCGAUGACUUCAUAGCACAGGGAAUAUUGCAAUAUUAAAUGCUACAAAGGACACUUUAAUUCGAAUACGCAAUCAAAAACCUCCAAGGUCGUCGACAUUAGCUUUGCUAGCUAGACUACUGAAUGAAUGUGUUACAGAAUGAAAACUCUGUUUGGGGGGGGGCACGGUGGCCUCGGGGGUUUCCUCCGGGUACUCCGGUUUCCUCCCCCGGUCCAAAGACAUGCAUGGUAGGUUGAUUGGCAUCUCUGGAAAAUUGUCCGUAGUGUGUGUGUGUGUGU